AGGACAGCUGGCCCAGCUCCCUGCAGCAUCCGGACCUUCAGCUUCCAGGAGGAGGGAGGACUUCAGAGCCCUUCUAGAGAGCUACCUUGCACCUCUGUUCUUCUGCAGAUUCAGACUGAAUAAACUUCUGCUCCAUACAGGAGGCUGGAGAAGGAUUGGAUCCUGACCCUCUGCAAGGGCUGCUAUGUUGGGAGCUGGUUUUGAUUUGUGUUUUGUUUCGGUUUUGAUUUUUUGGGUUUUCUUUUCAUUUCCCCCUACCUCUCUAUCACAAACCUGUCUCUUUCCUGGUCACUGAGACACGGGCUCCCCAUGUCCGGCAGAGAACCGGCUGGGAACACACUUCCUAAUACAAGCGGCUGCACUCCUCCCGCCGUGUGCUGUGAACCAAGUAACGCAUGCAGAAUAGCUAGUGGCGAGCUCUGCAGAGUGUGAAACCCAGCGGCCCCCACUCACUCCUCACCGUCCGCCAGAAUCCAGCUGGCUCUGGAAACGAAAGGCACUUUUCUUUCUGUUGGCUCCGGAGUGGAAGGCCUCUCUCAAUGUAAGGUUAUACGUGCCUGGAGACGGCUCCGGCUAGAACAGACAGGUGAGCCCACUGCUCGCUGGCCUGACAGUCUGAGGCAAUAAUGCCCAUGUCUUCCAGAGACAAGGACCUGCAUCCCGGACUCCAUCACUUUGGCUCCUGCAGCCCCUUGAGUCAGCUCUGGCCUGGUCCCGAGCCUCAGUCAGUCAAGGGCCUUUACUACCGCAGGGCCCGGAAGGUGGGCAACCUGGACGCCUCUCCAGAGGCCAACCUGAAGGAGAUCCUGGUGAACGUGGGUGGCCAGAGGUACCUGCUACCCUGGAGCACCCUGGAUGCCUUCCCGCUGAGUCGCCUGAGCAGGCUCCGGCUGUGUCGGAGCUAUGAGGAGAUCACCCAGCUCUGUGAUGACUACGAUGAGAAAAGCCAGGAGUUCUUCUUUGACAGAAACCCCAGCGCCUUCGGGGUGAUCGUGAGCUUCCUGGCCGCUGGAAAGCUGGUACUUCUGCGAGAGAUGUGCGCCCUGUCCUUCCGGGAGGAGCUGAGCUACUGGGGCAUCGAGGAAGCCAACCUGGAGCGCUGCUGCCUGCGCAAGCUGCUUCAGAAGCUGGAGGAGGCAGCCGAGCUCCGCCGGGAGGAGGCUGCCCAGCGCCAGCAGCAGCGCCAGGCCUGCCACUCGGAAGUGCACGCCUCGCGAUGGGCCCGCAGCAUGAACCAGCUACGUGAGAUGGUGGAGGACCCACAGUCAGGACUGCCCGGGAAGGUCUUUGCCUGCCUCUCCGUUCUCUUCGUGGCAACCACAGCUGUCAGCCUGUGUGUGAGCACCAUGCCUGACUUCAGGGCUGAGGAGGACAAGGGAGAAUGCGCUAGAAAGUGCUACUACAUCUUCGUGGUGGAGACCAUCUGUGUGGCCUGGUUCUCCCUGGAGUUUUGUCUGCGCUUUGUCCAAGCUCCGAACAAAUGUCAGUUCUUCCGCGGGCCCCUGAAUGUCAUCGAUAUUCUAGCCAUCUCCCCAUACUACGUGUCGCUCGCAGUGUCUGACGAGUCCCCGGAGGCAGGCGAGAGGCCGAGUGGCAGCUCCUACCUGGAGAAAGUGGGGCUGGUGCUGCGCGUUCUGCGGGCAUUACGCAUCCUCUACGUGAUGCGCCUGGCUCGCCACUCGCUGGGACUGCAGACCUUGGGUCUCACUGUGCGCCGCUGCGCCCGAGAGUUCGGCCUCCUGCUGCUCUUCCUGGGUGUGGCGGUUACCCUCUUCUCUCCUUUGGUCUAUGUGGCUGAGAAUGAGUCCGGAAGGGUCCUGGAAUUCACUAGCAUCCCCGCGUCCUAUUGGUGGGCCAUCAUCUCCAUGACCACGGUGGGCUAUGGGGACAUGGUCCCUCGCAGCGUACCGGGACAGAUGGUGGCUCUGAGCAGCAUCCUUAGUGGGAUUCUCAUCAUGGCUUUCCCAGCUACAUCCAUCUUCCACACCUUCUCUCACUCCUACCUGGAACUGAAGCGGGAGCAGGAGCAGGUCCAGGCCCGCCUCCGGCGUCUUCAGAACAACAAUACGGCCAGCGAACGGGAGCUCCUGACUGAUGUAGAUGAUCUGGUCCUGGAGGGCCUGACCACCCCAGGCCACUACAUGUAACUCCCACCACCUUAGGAAUGUGCCAUAGCUUCAACCCAUCCCAUGGCUGAGACGGGCUCCUGCAUCUCUCAGCUCCUGAUGGACCACUUGGGGGUGUGAGCUCAGAAUGCUGACUUCCUUCCAAAGCAGGAAAGGUGCCAGGCCAUGACAUCAUGGGUGUGAUCCUGGGCCCAUCCCUUGUCCUUCCCCAGCUCCCUGCCAGUCACUGGGCACUGCCCAUCUUGCCACACUGGGACAGCAUUUCUGUGUUCUUUUCCCUUCCUUGCAAAGUCUAUGCUAUUCUACCCUGGGCUCUGGAUGCUCACAGACCUGACUUCCACUAAUAGCCUAAUACAGAGUCUGCAGAUUUCCAUUUUCUCCCUCAGACCCCCUGUCCUGGGCCACACUACUCCUGAGAAUCAGAGAGCUCAGGCACCUGCCGAAUCUUAUGUUCUUUUACUGCCUUCCACCGCCAACCAUAUUUCCAAAUGCCAUGGAAGCACCUACUGUUCUAGAAGCUCUUAGCCAAGAAGGCAGCCCUGGCCACUUCAGCAAAUCCUGUCAGGUUCUCAUGGCUGCAAGCCCGCUGUCACCUACAAUACACCUACCUGGACAGGAAGGCCACCUGCAAGUACCCAGUUGGCCAGCUGGACUCUUGGUGAACAUUCCUAGUUAUCCAGUUCUCAGCCUUGACAAGAACUGUAUAAUGUUUCUUCAGGAAGAACCUCAGUCAGCUAAACAUGUCUGACAGCUCGGCAGGAUUGCCUUAGGCCUUCCUGGUUCUAGCUCCCCACUUGCUCGUGACCUGCACUGAUGGAAGACAGACAUCCCUGCUGUCUCUGUGUCCACACACGUGCUCAUCUCUCCACAGAGUCAGCCCUGGGAUCCACAGAGGAGAUAGAUGGCAAUGACUUACAGAGACGAACCUGGAAUAAAGUGACCUCUGAGCAGCUGGUGCCCCCAAGUUUCCCAAGACAAUGGGGGCUAGUGCUGGAGAGACACUUGUGGGGGGUCAGAGUCAGAGCAGUUAGGCAGGCUAGGAUCGGGAGCUGGUGGACCUCAGAGCACGGUGGCUGUACUGGGGUGAGGGCAAGGUUGACAGUCCAAGGGGUCGUGAGACCAAACAGAAGUAGGAGUGAUAACCAUCCAGGAAUGACCUGUGGGUUCAACUCCUCUACAACACUACCAGUCUGGCUCAGCACAGCUGGGAGAGAUCUCUGUGCCACUUCUCAGGAGUUACACAGUCCUGCUGUCAUUUGAUAUUGGCUAUGAGGCCACUGGAGAAAGAACAAGGGGUGACAGCAAGAUGGAUGGGACCCUGUGAAUCUGACGUGGCUCACGUAUGGGUAUAGUCAGUACCGCAGCCCUGCUAACACGUGCCUGGCUGUUGGUCUUUCCAGUAGUAUUAAGCUGAGCCCUGCUGCACGCCAUGCUCCCACUUCCCUGACUGUAGCCACAUGGACAAGGGCUCUGCCCAAGGAACCCCCAGCAUUUACCCAGAGUGCAUCUUGCCCAUGUGGGAAUCCUCACAUACUCUGACUCCUCAAACAGAUGCAUACACAUGCUCCCGUCCCUCUAGACCUCAAGGUGCAGGGAGCACCUUUAGUCUUUCUCAAGCUGAUAUGUCUCAAGCAGGCCCUUUAUGUCACAGGAAUGCUGAGGCCCCGAUGAGGCACACAGCAUGCUGCUUUGCUCCAGGAAUCAGAUAGCAGAGUCCUGGGGGUACCUGAAUGUAUUCUGAGAACAUAUUAAAAAUAGGAAUAGUAACUGUUCUGGCUGGUUUUGUGUGUCGACACAAGCUGGAAUUAUCACAGAAAAAGGAGCCUCCCUUGAGGAAAUGCCUCCAUGAGAUCCAACUGUAAGGCAUUUUCUCAAUUAGUGAUCCCUCGGAGGGCCCAGCCCAGUGAGGGUGGUGCCGUCUCUGGACUGGUAGUCCUAGGUUCUAUAAGAAAGCAAGCUGAGCAAGCCAGGAAAAGCAAGCCAGUAAGUAACAUCCCUCCAUGGCCUCUGCAUCAGCUCCUGCUUCCUGCCCUGCUUGAAUUCCAGUCCUGACUUCCUUUGGUGAUGAACAGCAAUGUGGAAGUGUAAGCUGAAUAAACCCUUUCCUCCCC